AUGGCCAUUACCGAGCUGCCGCAGUCAUUCGACUCAAGCCCCAUCGCCAGUCGCAACGACAUGUCGCAGCCAGAAAUGACUGACAUGUGCGAGCCUUCUGAUACCACUUGGGACGAAAUUCCUGUGGAGACGGACGUCUGCACGCAGAUUGAUGCUCUACCCGACGACCCAAUGCCAACCUUCGACGACGAGCAUAUUCCAGAAGCCUACAUUGAGGGUGGUCUUCACCUCACUGAACUUCCAGGUUAUACUGAUGCUGUAGUAGAGGUUGAAGACUCUGCAAUGUUGCCUCAUGUCAGCAUUUUCGGCGCGCCACCUGGACAUGUCCUAGAAGGUAGAGCAGAUCUUUUCCUCUCGAGCCAAGGUUCGAUACUCAAAGAUGCAGGAUCUGUUGUUGAGAAAGUCGUUGACAACAGCGCGCCGGUUGAGCUCGAGAUCAAUGACACGAGCUACAUUCAAACUCAGUCCGGACAAGCAGGUUGCGGGCUUCAAUUUGUCGCAGACGAACAGGAGAAGAGCGUCCUUCAAGAAGCCCCCAGCGACGGUGAUGGUGAUACGUCCAUGGUCCUGAAUGAAGAGGAUGCAGACGACGAAGAUGAUCCAAUUUCUGAGAUUGAUGGUGGAGGCGACCUUGUGUUGAAGAAAUGGGAUUUACGGCUACCGACAAGCGAUUCGAGACGAGGCUUCACUUCGACCUGGAGAGACCAAGAUGAGAGUGGAGACUACGAUCCAAACGAGAGUCUUCCACGCAAACGCACCAAGAGAGUUCGCAAGAUAUCUCCCAGCCAUCAGACAUGCAAUGUCACGGGUUUCGAUUUGAGUGAAGGCGCAACUAUCGAGGGCGAAGGAAUCACCGGCGGAAUAACGAGCGAUGAGUCGUCAGAGCCAAACGCGGGCCUCAUGGUUUCCCUGGCUUUUACGACUGACAAGUGUAAAGGUGCUUUCAAGAGCAUGCUCGCCCGCUUGUCGGUCCAGCAGAGCACACGGAAGCGUGACCGCAACCUCAAAAGGCAAAGACGAACCGAAGGGCUGGAAUCGGUCGAUCUGCGUGUUGACUUCAAGAACAAGCCUAUUGCCAGGUGUUGCUGGACGUGCGCCAACAUUCACGGCGAAGAUGCGGCCGUUGUUGUAGAUGGCAAAGCCGAGUGCUCAUUGGCGACUGAUCCAACGCAAUGGCCUUGCCUAGCUUGCUCUGAGGUCGGCGAUCCCUGCGCUCUGAUCACAGAGCCAGUUCGAAAGCUCGCAUGCGAGGAUUGCAAGCGGCGACACGUGCCAUGCUCCUUUAAUUCGACUCGGAAUCACAUCGGUCCUUGUCAGCAGUGUAAGAUCGCAGGCCAUGAGUGCAUUGCAGGUCCUGUCAAGGAGGCCAUCGUACCUCGUCUCGAGUACAAGCUUGUUCUUGAGGGGGGCUUCCCGGUUCUUAACAGCGACAACCAGCCGACGUACACUUGUGAUGCUAUCAUUAAGGAGGGCGGUCACAAGAAGCGUCGCCCCAUCAGCUGUGUAGAAUGCUCUGAUGUUCACGCGCCUUGCACUUAUGAAGGUAAAUGGGGUGCUUGCAACGAGUGUAAGCGCACUGGUAAUGCUUGCACGAUUCCUCACAAGAACGCACCCAUCAAGAAUACCACCACUCUCUUUGGAUUCUCUGAGCCCAGCAAGUCAUCUCCAGUGGCCGGAGGUCUUUCAACCGACGAAACGCCUCUCUGUGAUAGUGGUGCUGGCCACUGCAACAAGGAGAGGCAUAUUGACGGCCCACGAAGAACGGUGAGAACAAUAACCACAAGCUUCAGCCAUCCGAUGAGCUUCAAUUGCGAUGAUGAGACGUCCAGCAAGCCAUGCCAUCUCUGCGAACAGCCCGCUCUACGAUUUGUUGGAUUCGGCAAGGUGGAGGCCUCUGUCAUCGACUACGAUGACAACAGCGGCUUCGUGGAGAUUGAUGGCGGCCAUCGAAGCACAUUUGUCGAGCCCACCGCGCUUUGUACAGGAUGUACAACUGCGGGCCUUUCCAUCAUCAUGUGCAACAUGCAUCAAAUAAGUCCGAUUCCCAACAUCAACUACACGACUCAAGCCGAGGAGAAAGCACUCAGCGACGUGCUAGAGGGGAAUCUCAAAGAAACCGAUCUGGGAGCCUUUUGCUCAAUCUGUCCUGGUCUGGCUACUUUGCAGUGCACUGCAGAUCAAGAGGACGGUCCAACUGGUUGCGGUCUGAAGCUAUGUGGUCGCUGUACGGCGACCCUUGUGGGUCGGUACGACGGGAGUCUCGGUGAUAUGCUGGCGCACGAGACGGGAGUGGCCACGGAGGACGAUCCUCUUGGGUUUAGAGCGGACGUGGAACUACUCAAGACCGACGGUGUUCUGAUGAGAUACCUCAUGUGCCUGAGCAAGUCGUAG